GGAGGCGCUGGUCCCGAACCUCUUUCACCAAACCGAGCCCGAUAGGAUUAGGGUUUGAGGCCUCGCCGUGGAGCUGGUUGUUCGCCCUUUGCACCAACUCUCACCAUCGCUUGCAUCCACACCCCGUCGCCCUUGCUCCGCUACCAUGGCGGACGUCCACCAUGACGAGCCCGCGCCGGAGUUCAAGGAGGAUGUCGGCACCGAGAUUGGUGCUUUUGACCCCACGAAGAAAAAGAAGAAGAAGAAAGUGCGCACGCAAGAAGACGAGGAGCCUGAACCUGUGAAGGAAAUUGCUUCCGAAGGAGGUUUGGAUUCGGCUUUUGUUGGUCUGAAGAAGAAGAAGAAGAAGAAACCUGUCGAAGGUGAAGCUGCGGAAGAAGAUAACGCGGGUACUGAAGACGAAGCCAAUGAUCUCGGUGAGGUGGAUGACGAAGAACCUGCUGUGGGUAUCGAACUGGGAGUUGCUGUCUAUCCUUGGGAAGGAACAGAUCGGGAUUAUAAGUAUGAAGAGCUGUUAGGGCGGGUGUUCAACAUUUUGAGAGAAAACAACCCGGAGUUAUCUGCGGAGAGGAGGCGUACAAUUAUGAGACCUCCUCAGGUUUUGAGGGAAGGAACCAAGAAGACUGUUUUUGCCAAUUUCAUGGAUCUUUGCAAGACCAUGCAUCGGCAACCAGAGCACGUUAUGGCUUUCUUGUUAGCCGAGUUGGGUACUAGUGGAUCACUCGAUGGACAACAGCGUCUUGUUGUGAAAGGGCGAUUUGCUCCCAAGGUGUUCGAGGGUAUUCUGAGGCGCUACGUCAACGAGUACGUCAUGUGCAAUGGUUGCAAGAGCCCUGAUACCAUUCUUUCCAAGGAGAAUCGGCUGUUCUUCCUUCGUUGUGAACAGUGUGGAUGCUCGCGAUCAGUGGCACCUAUCAAAGCUGGUUUCGUUGCCAGGGUUGGACGCCGUAAGACAACUACGUAGUGGGUGUUUCCUAGACAUAAGUGAAGUGACAGUUGGAAUGUAUGUUAUGAAUAGCUGGAUCAUCUGUUUCCGAGUAGUUGUAAUUUGUGCAGAGCGUAUCCUAAACAAGUCAGAAUUCUAUUUUUCAUUUUAUAUGUAUGCAUGUGGUCAUGACUUUUCAUUAGGCUUUCAGCGUUUGUAUUUCCCUGAUGGCGUCAAUUUUGCCUCCCUUAGCAGCGUCGUGACACAAAAGUUUUGUUUAUAUUUAGUGUUCAUCAAAUUUGUGAGCAUGGAAGCGGUACAAUAAGAUCAAUUUACUUGAUUCUUGUAGAC